AUGGCUCCAUUAAGAAUACCAUCAGGUGAUUUCUUUACGAACGAUGUAAGCGAGUUUUUUAACUUUUCGACUCAGCAUCCAAGUCACGAGACGCGUCACGGGCGACAUAGGAAUCAUUCUCACCCACAUCAUUCGAAGAAUCAUAUUGUGGACGUUCUAUCUAACUCUAUAAUGGAGGUGUUAAAUACUAAAUUUGUGCCAGAGAACAGUGUGUUGCCGGAUUUGGAGCCGUUAUCGAAUCACAUGGACAUGGACCGUCACCAUCCGUUAAAGAUGAACAUUACUAUGAACAGGUCAGAUUUCGGUGUGAUGAACGAGGAAGUGAUGUAUAGGCAUAACGGUAUAAUGACGGCAGUGUACUGUGCCGCGUACCUGCUGGUGUUCGUGGUUGGGUUGGUCGGGAACUGUUUCGUGAUCGCGGUGGUGUACCGCUCGCCGCGGAUGCGAACUGUCACCAACUUCUUUAUCGUGAACUUGGCUGUGGCUGAUAUUCUGGUGAUCGUGUUUUGUCUACCCGCUACGCUGAUGUCCAACAUUUUUGUUCCAUGGGUGUUGGGAUGGCUCAUGUGCAAGACGGUGCCCUACGUGCAAGGCCUGUCCGUGGCUGCGUCAGUCUACAGCCUGGUCGCCGUCUCCCUAGACAGAUUCCUGGCCAUCUGGUGGCCUUUGAAAUGCCAAAUCACCAAGCGCCGUGCACGUCUGAUGAUCGUGUUCAUCUGGAUCUUCGCCGUCCUUGUCACCACUCCCUGGGUGUUCUUUUUCGACUUGGUGGUGGUGUUUGAAGACAACCCUCAUGUUCUCCUGUGCCUCGAUGUUUGGCCAAAUCCCUUGAGCGAAAUCUUGUACUUCGUGGUCGGAAAUCUAAUUUUCUGCUACAUCUUACCAAUGCUUCUUAUUACCAUGUGCUACAUACUCAUCUGGAUUAAAGUCUGGAGAAGAUCAAUCCCAACGGAUACCCAAGACGCUCACAUGGAAAACAUGCAGCAGAAAUCCAAAGUGAAGGUUGUCAAAAUGCUCGUCGCCGUUGUGAUCCUAUUCGUUUUGUCCUGGUUCCCUCUUUACCUCAUAUUCGCGAGAAUAAAACUUGGCGGACCAAUUCAAAAAUGGGAGGAAGAAAUGUUCCCUAUUGUGACACCCCUUGCGCAAUGGCUGGGGUCAUCAAACUCGUGCAUCAAUCCAAUCUUAUAUUCAUUUUUCAAUAAAAAGUAUAGAAAGGGCUUUGUUGCUAUUAUCAAAAGUAGAAAAUGCUGUGGCAGGCUACGUUACUAUGAAACCAUUGCGUUACAAUCAUCGAGUACGUCAACGAGAAAAUCAUGGCAUUACAAUAAUAACAACCACCCGUCAAUAACACGAAGAUCACCGCCCGUUGACAAGAAUGCUGUGUCGUUUAUAUUCAACCACACGGGAGUAUAAGAUGGGUGUGUGCUAUUGUU